GGUUUUUUAGAGGGUGCAGAUGUACCCUCUGCUUUCUUUUGCUUUGUAGCCUUCUUUUGUUUUGCUUUUUUUUCAAUACGUUGCCAUCCGAAUGAAUUAUGAACAAAAGCUGAGAUGUUCACAAGCAACCAUUUUUGGUGGCUUGUUCACUCAUGUUCAGAACCACGCUCGUAUCACUUUUUGAUCACAGCGACAAUUCGGUAUACAUGGAUAUGCACUACUGCCCGGCGUUAUUACAUAGUUCACUCAUUUCAUACCCAAAAUAUUCGGUUUUAGUUUUUGCAGCCAGAAGCAGGAAACUCGGCUCACUUAAC